GUUAUACCUGUAUCGGCAGUCUUUGUGUUGGCAUAGAUAGAAGAGAGACGUUUUUAUAGAAAUAUCAAACACUUCUCGUUGUAUUGGAAGUAUAUGAAAAUACGAUAAUAAUGAUAUGAAUGAUGUUUGCUGUGUACCUGUGAACAAUCCUCUGACAUAAAAAUUCAUGACUUACAAACAUCAACCGACAAUUUGUUAAAAUAACAAUGAACAACCGAGAGUGUAGAUGGCAGCGUUUAUUAAUAACCUUUGCGUUUGCUUUGCUGGUAGAUUUGACUGUUGUUUCCGAACAAUCUGGAACAGUAAGGCUAUAUAAUUUUACUGGCAAAGACAUCAGAUUGGUUGGGGGAAACAGUGAGCUGGAAGGACGAGUAGAAAUAAGCAUUGAUAGUAUCUGGGGGACAAUCUGUGGAGACGGCUUGUUUGACUUUACUGACGCAGAUGUUCUAUGCAGAAUGCUUCAUACAAAUCUAAGUGCUCUAGACUACUCCACAAAUGGACAAUACGGAUAUGGUAAUGGCCCAGUAUUUUACCGUUCGUUAGCAUGUACUGGAUUAGAAAAAUCAAUCCACAACUGCUCUAGGUCAACAGGUCAAACGUGUUCCCAUUCGAGCGACGUGGGCUUGAUAUGUGCAGGUUGUUCACGACUGACACAGCGGCAUUAUGGGUUGCUGGAACACGUCAAUAUUACAAGCAAUGGUGACAUAUACACUGGCAGAUGCAGCAACGGGACCACUUAUUUCCAGUUCUUAUAUCAAUGUUCACUCAACGGCACAUGGGAAGAGUAUGGUACACGAUGUGGACCUUUAGCCGUGAGAGACGUGCGAUUUGUUGGUGGAGUCGGCCUGUAUGAUGGAGGAGUGGAGGUGCUUGUUGGGGAUACCUGGGGUCAAGUGUGUGGAUACAUAUCGAACUACACCCGACAUACUUACUCUGUCGGUGGACAUGUGUUUUGUCAGAUGAAAGGGCUACAUUUGACAUCUAUUAUCUUCACAUGGCGAUACAAUAGUACAAUGUCAAACGGUUUGAUUGCAAACCUCCAAUGUUCUUCAAAUGCCACAGAUGUAAACUUAUGCAGCUAUACAACAGUCUAUUCAUGCCAGUAUCAAUUAAUGGUUGGCUGUAAUGGCUUUCCUUUGAAAAUAAGCUCAAUUAGUUUGGUUGGUGGAUCAAGUGCACGUGAUGGUCUUGUAGAAGUGCGAAUUGAAAACACUGUUGGCACAAUCUGCCAAGAUAAUUUCGAUUAUAACGAUGCACAGGUCCUCUGCAAAAUGAUCGGAUCGCAUGCCGCUUCUAAUUUCUACGUUGACUAUCAUUAUAACACCACCGGCCGCCUUCCAAUGAUACGAGACAUUCAGUGUACUGGACAAGAAAGUCACAUAAAUAAUUGCACAUACAGAACACCGCACUUCGGCGACAAAUGCAUCGAUGGCGCAGUAGCUCUUGUUUGUACAGACUGCGGUCAAGUAAACGUUUCAAAUGGGCAAAUAACGACAUACAAUGACACGUCGAGAACGUUAACAAUUCGAUGUCAUACUGAUGACCCAGCCUAUGUUCAAUACAUAUGUGGAAACAACGGACUAUGGAAUAAAACUGCCGAAUGUAUGUCAGUAAAUAUCCAAGACAUUCGCCUAAUGAACCAAGCAUUAUAUCUGUAUCAAGGCACAGUAGAGCUUAAAAUCAACGGCACAUGGGGGACCAUCUGUGACGGCAUGUUUGCGAAAGAAGAAGCAACCGUUUUAUGUAGAAUGCUAAAUGCUAGUUACUAUUCAUACACGACAAAUGGAGAGUACGGUCGAGGAUCUGGUCCGAUCCAUAUGGCCAGCUUACAAUGUUCGGGUUCUGAGAUGGACGUCGGCAGCUGUUCGUUUCACUCGCAACACAACUGCUCGCAUUCAAACGAUGUUGGCAUUCAAUGUACCUUUUCCAGCCUGAAUGUCACCGAUAUAAGAUUGUCUGGUGGUUCAAGCAGGUUCGACGGCCGGGUGGAACUGUUUGCAAAAGGAGUUUGGGGCUCGGUUUGUGCCAAAAAUUUCUCUCCAGCAUAUGGCAAGAUGCUUUGUCAAAUGAUGAAUUUAACAUAUAUUAAUCAUUACUGCUGUUCACUAAAUGGAAAUGGGGCGUUACUUCUGCAUAUAACAAGUUGCCCUAAUACAUCAAAUCAUAUCAACAAGUGUGUGUAUGAACCGCUACCACCGUAUUGGCUUUGUUCGCCUUCAAACACGACGUCUUUGGUUUGCUCGGAAUGCCCCGCUCUGCUUGUGUCUGGUGGUUCGUUGUCAUACAACACAAAUGGCACCAUUGCCACACUGACCUGCAAUGCCGGAUUAACUUCAAAUAUCACCACAUUUGUUUGCAAUGCAGGUCAGUGGUCACAACAGGCAGCAAUCUGCCGUCUAUACCCUCCGCUAAAUGUAACGGGUGUACGCCUUGUAAAUGGUCCAAGUAUUAACGUAGGUAGAGUGGAAAUAGCUGUGGACGGCAUUUAUGGAACCAUUUGCGACAGCAAUUUUGACUAUGCCAACGCUGACGUUUUAUGUAAAUUGAUGAAUUCCAGUUAUAGAGCAGCGGUGUUUUUCACGGGUGCAAGGUAUGGUGAAGGCUCCGGUCCUGUUCACGUACAUCAACUUCAUUGUGAUGGCAAUGAAACCUCUCUCAGCCAGUGCAAAUACAUAAAGAAUGGCCAAUGCACUCACAGACAGGAUGUGUCCUUACUUUGCAACGAAUGUGGGCAACCUGAUAUCGCAUUUUGGGGCGUUGGGUACUUCAAUUACAACGGGACAAGUUUGUAUGCAAACUGCGAAUAUUACAGAACGUACGUCGGGUUGCUGCGCAUGACAUGUACCGACAAAGUAUGGACGACAAUUGGUGAAUGUCUGGAAUACCGUCGGCCACUUUCAGUACAGGAUAUUCGACUUGCAAAUGGAAGUAAAUCUACUAGUGGUAGAGUUGAGAUCAAAGUAUUAGACACAUGGGGUACAGUAUGCAGUGACAGCUUUGGAAAAGAGGAAGCUGACGUUAUAUGCAGAAUGAUGGGCUAUCCUCCUGCUAAGACAUUCCAAACAUCAUUGCACGAGGGAACUGGGCCGAUUUUUAUAGAUAAUAUGGUAUGUGGCGUGAACAAUUCCAACAUCAAUGAGUGCCACUAUGACACGUUCGACAACUGUAACCACAGCAAGGAUAUGGCCGUUACAUGUACAGACUGUGGGGACCCAACGGUUUCAUUUGGUGAGGUCAACCACACCUCUUCAAGCGUUGGAUCUGUUGUAAGCGUCGUGUGUGAAUAUGGUCGAAAACUAGUCGGGGACUCAGUUAUUGUUUGCCAAGAAAACGGAAAUUGGACUAAUACCCCAUUUUGUUCUUUGAUAGAUUGCGGUAAUCCUACGCCAAUUAAUGGCGCCACCAACGGGACAUCGCACUACCUCGAUGCCGUUCUCCACGUGUCGUGUAAAACUGGUUUUGCUUUAUCUGGAAAUUCCAUCAUACGAUGUCAGAGUAACAGUACUUGGAGUGAUUAUCCAGUAUGCACCGUUGUGGACUGCAAAGAACUUAAUAUUGUCAAUAUGACGAUAGACGUCGGUAACAAAACUACCUACGGACAGAUAGCACUUGUCAGCUGCAAACCUGACUUCACUCCACGUGGUUCAUGGACUGUGAGAUGUGAAGCUAGCGGCGUUUGGAAUUACACGCACGUCCCUCAAUGUGAACUCAUUCACUGUGGUGUCGCUGCGAUAUCCAAUGGAAGUGUAAACGACACAACAUCGACAGUUGGAACUGUGGUUCAUGUGGAAUGUAACUAUGGUCGACAACUGAUUGGCGAUUCGUUACGUGUUUGCCAACUGAAUGGAGAGUGGACAGGUUCUUCCUCGUGUAUUUUAAUAGAGUGCGAUGAUCCAACCCCAGAUAACGGCAUCGUAAACGGGACAUCACGGUUCUUAGACGAUGUGCUUUCGGUGUCGUGUAAUACAGGUUUCACGUUAACUGGCAAUUCCGUCAUACACUGCCAGAGUGACAGAACUUGGAGUGACAACCCAAAUUGCAUUAUUGUUGACUGUGACCUCCUGUUAAUUUCAAAUAUGAUCAUAAACAUUGCAAAUGUGACCACAUACGGGCAUAUGGCAGAGGUCAGAUGCAAACCAGAUUUCACUCCACUUGGUGUUUGGACCGUGAAAUGUGAGGCUUCUGGGGUUUGGAAUCAAACGCAUGUACCGAAAUGUGAACUGAUUGAUUGUGGGGACCCGACGCCCAUAAAAGGCUUAGUAAAUUCAUCAGUAACAUCUGUCAAUACAGUUGUUAGUGUUUCGUGUGAAAAUGGUUAUAUAAUGUCUGGCGAUUCAGUCAUCACUUGUCUUAGAAACGGCUUGUGGUCCGGCAACCCGAUAUGCGACCCUUCGGAUUGCGGCAGACCAGCCAUACCAAAUGCGAAUGUGACGAUAAGUACUUCAACGUCCCUCAAUUCUACAGCUGUUAUCAGUUGUGACGUGGGUUUCAACUUAAAAGGACCAAGUGUCAUCACGUGUACUACAACUGGAUGGAGUGAUAAUGUUACAUGUUCACAGAUUGAUUGUGGAAAGAUGGAUGUUUCAAAAGGAAGAGUAAUCGGCACAUAUACAAAUUAUGGGGCUGUAAUUGAAGUGGAGUGUAGUACCGGAUAUUUUAUUCAGGGUGAUAACAAACUAACAUGCCAAGGCAAAGGUCAAUGGAGCGAUAAUCCAAUAUGUGUCAUUCAAAAUUGUACCAACGUGACGAUACCAACAAACGGCAUUAUACUUACAAGUCCUAUUCUAACCACAUUUAAUUCAUCGUUGCGUUUUCAAUGUGAACAUGGUUAUCAACUCAACGGAAAUGACAUCUUGUGGUGUGAUGCAACAGGCAAAUGGAACAGUUCAGUCCCGACCUGCAUUCGAAAAUAUUGCGAUGACCCUACUCCAGCGAAUGGUGUCAUUAACGGGACAUCAUACUACUAUAAUGACGUGGUUUCAGUAUCCUGUAAUAAUGGAUAUUCGUUGUCCGGCGAACAUAUCAUACAAUGUCAGAGUAACAGUAAUUGGACAAGCUAUCCGACAUGCAAUAUUAUUGUGUGCGAGCAGAUUGACCUGACAAAUAGUAAAGUGACCGGAGCAUCAACAAAAUUUGCGUCAGUAAUUGAGGUACAGUGUCAUACUGGGUAUGAUCUCAAUGGUGACGAUAGACUUGUAUGUCAAGCAAACGGUCAAUGGAGUGGAAAACCAACAUGCGUCAUAAAAAAUUGUGGCAACAUUACUGUGCCAUCCAAGGGAAUGCUCCAUGGAAGUGCAAUGGUGACAACAUAUAAUUCUCUAUUACGGUUUCGAUGUGAAGAAGGGUAUCUGCUGAAAGGAAAUGACGUCAUGUGGUGUGCAGCCACAGGCGCGUGGAACAGUUCUGUCCCAACCUGCAUCCGGAAAUCUAACAUCGGAGGACUAUGUACUGAUGCAAGCAUGUGUGGGACAAUCAAUGCAAUAUGCGAGAACAAAAUAUGCGCUUGUAUGUCUGGUGUGGAAGACAAACAUUCGGGCACAUGCGACAUCAUGCCAAUACUACCAUUCGGGCAAGAAGCAGGAGAUACAAGUCUUGGUCAUGACCUAUGCAGUGAACAAAUUGUGUUUGAACCUACGAUUCCAGUCUUCGACAAAAUGAGACGGCUAAUGCAUGUGUGUAGGAGAGGGUUCAUAAGUUUUGAUACAAAGUAUCUUUCUGAAAAGCCUCAAAUGGCUUCGGAUGGCAAAGCAAAUAUCAACUUUCCAGUUGUGGCGGCAUACUUUACAGAAAUAUAUUUGGACCAUUUAUCAACGAUCACUUACAGAACCUAUGAUGUCCUUAAAAAUUACCCCUUUACACCUAAAGUUGCCGGAGAAUUGGAAUUACUAGAAAGUGUAAUCAAGCGGGUGGAAAAUAUAUCAGCAUUUGAUACAAGUUUUGUUUUGAUAGCAACAUGGAGUAACGUGAAACCAUCAUUUAAUCCUUAUAAUACAGCAACGUUUCAAUUGAUCAUAAUUUCAAGCGGUGAACAGACCUUUUCGUUUUCAAUAUACGGACAUAAUUUAAUGAAAUGGAACUCGGAAAGGGAACGCAUCCCUUUAUGGAUCGGCCAUGCAGACACAGACAGAGAGAUAUACCGUUACAUUUACUCGUUCAACAAAAAUGCACUGAAAUGGGAUCUGCUACCGAAAACAGGAGGAAUCCGUGGACUUCUUCUUAAAAAUGUAAAUAAUAACAAAACAACAGUAAGUAACGACGCCUUGGACUGUAUUAAGUGGUACAACAGAAACCUUUAUUUGAAACAAAAUAUCCAUGUCUACUCACAACGUCUGCCUACGUGCCCAUGUGACGUCGGCCUGGCCCAAUGGGAUCCUUGGUUUUGGCAGAUCCGCCGCCAAGUGCGUCUACCUGAUAGCAAAGAAGUCGUCUGCGUGGACAUGAUAUUACGCGAAAGUUACAAACCAUACGGAAAGUCGUGCUGCUAUUACCGCUCGUCAUUGACAUUCGUGGAAAUGCAACCCCUAUCUGGUGGAUUGUACUUUUCACAUCCGUCAUUCUCACCACGUGAUCACGAGGUAAAUGACGUCAUCAUGAAGGACAAAUGCUGUACGAAAUCAGACUACUGCAAUCUCUAUUACGAACUGCAUCCAACAGGAACAUGCUACACCGAGUCGCCGUUCAACUUUGGAUCAUUUUGGGGAGAUCCACACAUGCGCACACUUGACGGAAUGAACUACACGUUCAACGGACAUGGGGAAUAUGUGUUGCUGAGCAUCCAGACAUCAAAUGUCACGUUUUCACUCCAAGCUAGAACGGAGAGGGCAAAGAAGGCGGACGGAAAUAUCUCGGAUGCAACAAUCUUCACUGCCUUUGCGGCAAGAGAUCAUACGAAUUCAUCACUUCAUAUCGAGCUCAAUACGGCAAAAGAUGAUUUAAUCCUGUAUGGGAAUGAAAUCGACUUAACGAAAACACUAAAGGACUUUGGAAACGAUCGGUUCGCUUUUAAUUCGCCAACCAUGUCUAUUUAUGGAGUAGAUGGGGUGUUGAGGGUAUCAUUUCUGGAGACAGGGAUAACGCUUGAAAUACGAAAAGAGGCCAGAAUGCUGUCAUUGGAUACCAUUGUACCGAAAACAUUCAACAACGUGACGAAAGGUCUUCUGGGCAAUUUUGACGGCGACCCAUACAAUGAUUUUGUAUACCCAAAUGGGAGUCUUCUGCAUUUUAAUGCAAGUGACUUAGAGAUAUUUAGAUUUGGUCAGACAUGGUCAGUGAACGACAGUUCGUCAGUUUUUAUAUAUGAAGACGGCAAGAGCCAUUCCGAUUACCACAACGCUUCUUACGUUCCGCGUUUCCUAGAUACAUUUGACAAGGAAACGAUUAUUAAAGCUGAAAAGAUAUGCGGGUCAGUCAAUGUAGAGUGCGUGUUCGACUAUGUUUUCACUUUGAACAGUACAAUUGCAAAGACGACCAGCAACAUAAGUGAAACCAUUAACAUAAACGCAAAAGAAAUAGCAAAAGUUGUGCCAACAAUCAAUAAUACUUGUAGCGUUAAUGCAACAGUUGGAGAACACAUAUCGUGUCAAUUAAAUCUUGCAGAUGAAUUAGAUAUCGCAUUUGUAAAAAACGAAAGUAAUAGAACAACAUAUAACAGAACGUCGAAGACGCUAUAUUUCAACCAGACAGAUGACCUUCCACACAACAUAUGGUUCGUUGCAGUCAAUGCUGAUGGAAAGCAAUCACAGCAACAUACUGUUACGGUACAACUUUGCACUGGGUGCCAUGGUAAUGGACACUGCUCUACGACCGUGCGACAGGACCCUCGAGAGAAUGCAUAUUUCAAGUAUUCGUCAUGCGUUUGCAACGCUGGAUACACAGGUGCUGAUUGUGAUAAAACAUUAGACUGGUGUGCUGGAAGUCCCUGCACUCUAGGACGAAACUGUACAAACGUCCCACAGAACAAUACAUACUCGUGUUAUCCUUGCCCAGCGGGAUAUGCUUCAGUGCCUAAUACAAACGAUUGCAUUGAUAAUGACGAAUGUAGCAGUCGUCCCUGCGAUCAACUCUGUAUCAAUACUGAGGGAAGUUACUCCUGCGGUUGUAAGGAAGGAUAUCGAGUCGAUCCAAGCAACGAACAUACAUGCAUCGACAUCAACGAGUGCAACGAGGCUACUCACAACUGUACUCAGAUCUGCGACAAUACGAUCGGCGGGUUUCUUUGCAAAUGUCAGCCUGGUUUUACCUUCAAUGUUUCAAAUUUUACAUGUUCACGAGAUGAUUCUGAUCCAUGUGCUGCUUCAACACUCGACUGCAGUCGUACUUCGGGAUGCACCCUGGAUGUUGGAAAUAAUACCUUGUGCUUCUGUGAUGCAGGCCUCUGGUUAAAUGAAACAUCGUUGCGAUGUCAAGAUGUUGACGAAUGCUCUCAACAUAUUUGUGAACAAGACUGCAUGAACACUAUCGGCAGUUUUCAGUGCAGCUGCAUAGCGGGUUAUCAGCUAGUAGACAAGGUCUCGUGUAAACCAUGUGAGGUACCGAACUGGGGUACAAAUUGUGGCCAAACUUGCGCAUGUACCGGACGAGGUGCAGAGAGAUGCGAUCCUGUGAGAGGCUGCAUGUGUUCCCAUGGCUGGACAGGAAGUUCAUGUGACGAUGACGUGGACGAGUGCAAGGAGAAUCCAAGAGUCUGUGGUGAUACAAGAAAGUCCUGUAGUAACAACAUGGGCUCGUACAGCUGUGAUUGUAUGCAAGGAUACCAGGAAGAUGCUAGCGGAUUUUGCCGAGACAUUAACGAAUGCUCGGAUCCACGGUUGAACGAGUGCACUCAGACGUGUUUGAACGCAGAAGGAAGCUACACGUGUGGAUGUAAAUCAGGCUACACAGAGGUCAACUUGACACAUUGUUCUGAUAUAGAUGAGUGCCAUUUAGAAUUGGCGGACUGUGAACAGAUGUGCGAAAACCAUCCAGGAUAUUACAACUGUUACUGUUAUUUCGGAUACAGACUCAACGACGACAGAGAGUCGUGUAGUAAAGUGAAAGAUUAUUGCAAAGAAUUCCGCAAUCUGACAUGUACCGGCUACUGUGUGGUACAAGACAUGGUUCCAUCUUGCCAGUGUCCGAAAGGCUUUAACCUUGCCUCUGAUAAUCAGACUUGUACAGAUAUCAACGAAUGUGGGGAGGAAAACAAGUGUUCCGAACAAGCAACGUGUUCAAAUACAGUUGGCUCGUAUGUAUGUGAAUGCCCUGUCGGUAUGAAGCUGCAAAAUAACAAACGGAUAUGUACAGAUUGUGACAAGUACCAUUAUGGGAAAGAGUGUUCGCUAACGUGUUCGUGCAUCCAUGGUGUGUGUAAUAGUACCGUAGGGUGUGUGUGUAACCCGGGCUUGAUAGGGAUAAGUUGCGAAGCUGAUGUGGACGAAUGCAAGGAAAACCAAGUAGUCUGCUACGAACCCAAUACCCUCUGCGUGAACACACCUGGCAGCGCCUCUUGCGUCUGCAAAGAAGGCUACACGAAAAACAUAGCAUCGGGAAAGUGCGAAGAUGUUAACGAAUGUCAAGCUGCUGACCAGAAUUUAUGUGAACAGAUUUGUAUCAAUACACCAGGAAGUUUUCAGUGUAACUGCAGGACAGGAUUUGUUGUCAGGAAUGGAACGUGCUCAGAUAUAAAUGAGUGCUAUGGCGACAACAACUGUCAACAACAAUGCAUCAACACUCUCGGUAGCUAUAAAUGCUUUUGUGGAGCGGGAUUUAUCCUUGAUCUUACGGACCGAAAAUCUUGCAUACCUGAGAAAGUGUGCACGGCAAAUCAAUUUGCUCGCUGCUCUGGAAAUUCCACUUGUUCUGUUUCCAAUGAAGAGGUUGUGUGUGUUUGUCCAAAUGGCUACAACGGGACUAAUUGUACAGACCUUAACGAGUGCGAGACUGGCCGACAUACGUGUAGCCAAGAAUGCAUCAAUACUGUUGGUGGGUAUAACUGUAAAUGUGAAGUUGGACAUUUUCUGCAAAACGACAAUGCCACGUGUGCAGAUUGCAUGAAAUGGACUUACGGGGAGAACUGCUCUAGUAAGUGUGAAUGCGAUGUUACCAAUACUGAAACUUGCUAUCCAAAGAACGGAACAUGCGCUUGUUUGAAAGGAUGGCAAGGUAAAAAAUGCUCGGAUGACGUCAACGAAUGUUCGAAUACUACACACGUGUGUCCCACUAAUUCACACUGUAUAAACCUGUCAGGAAGUUUUACGUGCGAAUGUAAUCCCGGAUACCUGAAACAAUCAUUUAGUCAUUGUCAAGCAUGUCCUCAAGGCCGUUUUGGCAAAGGCUGUACAAACACGUGUUUGUGUGAUAUGACACAUACAUCCGUGUGCAACCCAGUGAACGGGAGCUGCACGUGUGACGCAGGAUGGACUGGCCCCGAAUGUAAUAGAGAUGUCGACGAGUGUGCGUCAGCUAAUGGCUCUAUAUGCCCUGCACAUUCGACGUGCGUAAAUUCACGUGGUAGUUACAAGUGUCAUUGUAAUCUGGGUUUCAAAACGAGCAGCAAACAAGAUAGCUGUACAGACAAUUACAAACAAAUUGACCUGCAGAUCACACUGAAGAUAUCGAAAGGACAAGAUGUUAGUUUUUCGUCAAACGCAACGUUUGCAGAGGUUGCAGACAAAGUUACGUUAUCGCUUCGGAUCUACGUGUUGCGGUUCAUUACAAAUUUCGGAAUCGUCGUUAAUACCUUAAGGACUGGAAACAUAGUAGUAGACUUCACUCUUUUCUACGAAGACACUGUCGAUGCGUCAACACGGAUAACAUAUGCUUUAUUGGAUCUUGCAAAAGGGACACAGAUAAAAUAUGACGGAGAGACGGUUCAAGCGAUAUCAGCACCACUUGCUUACCCCACCGUGCUAUGUGGAUUGUUCGAGAAAGUCAACGGUCGUUGUGAAUAUGGGACAAUAUGUGACGUAACAGACGACGGUGAACUCGCGUGCAUAGCGGACAUUGUGCCUUCAGACACUGUCAAUGUGAAGCUGAUUAUUGGUGUUUCUGUUUCGGGCGGUUUGCUUCUCGCUAUAGGAACUUUUACAGCGAUAUGUAUUGUGGUCAAAAGAAAGGCGAGGAACGCAAACAAGCAUUCCAAUAGGCUGGAUAGCCUAAAUCGAUCCGAUGGACACGGUGGGAAGGUAUUUUUGAAAUCGCCUUUCAAUGAAAUUCGCCUUGGAAAUGAACCUGACUCCCCAAGGCAUAGAACAUGGCGAUCAAUGGCUCUAGAAUUCAAUCAGGAUUCCGCUAAGAUUCCUAGGAUAGUUGCUGACGACACACCAGGUUCUACAUAGUGUUGAUGUGCCCAUCAAAAAAGCCAGGAAAGAAACCGAAGAUAAAUAGCAUGUUAAAGGUAUCCUCAUUUCCACCGACUCAAGUUUAAGUGUGAGUAUAUAUUUAUAUAUUCGGCUAACAAAGCAACUGUAGACUCCGUGAAUCCGAGAACACCACUGUUGUAUAAAAGGUUUAAUUCUUAUCUAUGGUAAUAUUUGUUUACCUUCUUAUCUAUGGUAUUAUUUGUUUACCUUCUUAUAUAUGGUAAUAUUUGUUUACCUUCUUAUCUAAGGUAAUAUUUGUUUAUCUUCUUAUCUAUGGUAAUAUUUGUUUACCUUCUUAUCUAUGGUAAUAUUUGUUUACCUUCUUAUCUAUGGUAAUAUUUGUUUACCACAUCCAUAAAUGCGCCUACUUAAAAAGCAUUUAAUAAAUCAAACUUUUUUAUAAUUUGAAAAUAUUUUUAUUUCAUAUUUGUGUUUUCAAUAUGAUUGUGUGUGUUUUCUAAUUAUUUAUACACCAUGACACAGAAUGUUGAAGUUCUAAAGAAGUUGUAAAAUAUUAAAUAAAAGACUGAUAAUAUAAAGCUACAAAAACUUAGUUCAUACGGUUCGUAUUUUUUUGCCAUCCUUUUGUUCAUUAUUUAUAACUUAAGAAAUUUAUUUUUAAAUGUUAUUUAACUACUAAUGAAAAUGACAUGCACGUAUUAAGUCGGAUGUGUGCGAUUUUAUCUGUCCAUCAUAUGACUUCAUAUUAAUAUAUUUUUCUAUGUUAAAAAGACUCAAAGCUUUGAAUGUAUAAAAACGAGUAAUAUCUUACAUAUCAAGUUUGAAAUAAAACAUUUGUUCACUAUUGAAAUUUGUUGCCGAGUAAUAUAAUAAGUGUUGCCAUUAUUAACCCAUUUAUGCCCAGUGGACUCUCCCAUCCUUCUAAAUUGGAUCAAUUUAUUUCCAAAAUUAGGGAUGUCUAGUAUAUUUAUUUCUAUAUUUAGAAUAUUACUCACUACCAUUCCUUUAAGCAAACAGCGUAGACCCAGAUG